GGGAGAGCUUUACCGCAGUAUCACUAGAUUUCUGCACCACUCAUCAAAACUCUGCGGCAUGCAGACAAGAGCUGGGGGGGAGGGCAGAUACUAGGUCUGAGCUGGAGUGUAAAGGACCGCUUCCUUUUGCUGUAACCAUCCAUCUUUCUGUUAUCAGAUAGACCACAGUAGCGUUUUGCCUUUAUUUCCAUUCAUUUCGUGCGUCCGUGCGCGGUUGAAUUGCUUUCCAUAGCCUUGGUGCUUCUCUGCUUAAUUGCUAACAACCCGGCGCCUUAUUGAAUUAGGCCGCGUUUAUUUAGAGCUUUGGGAUCCAAACUUGUAUGACAAAAUGGCAAAGGAUGGAGACAACUCGUGGAAGGAGUAUGUAUGGAACCCGAGGACGAGGGAGUUCCUGGGCAGGACGGCCAGCAGCUGGGGUCUUAUUCUUCUCUUCUAUUUAGUUUUCUACAUCUUCCUGGCCGGCAUGUUCACUCUCACCAUGUACGUCAUGCUGCAGACCUUGGAUGACCACAAGCCGACCUGGCAGGACAGGCUCUCCACGCCAGGUAUGGUGAUUAGACCCAAAGCAGAUGAGACCUAUGAGAUCGUCUACAACAUCCAGAAAACCGAGAGCUGGGACCUGUACGCUCAGGCUUUGGACAACUUCCUGUCACCCUACAACAACACGAUCCAGGCGGAGAAGAACAACGAGUGCAAACCGGACCAGUACUUCGAGCAGGCGGACAGCGGCGAGGUGAAGAACAACCCCAAGCGCUCCUGUCAGUUCAACCGCACCAUCCUGGAGGACUGCUCCGGAGUGAAUGACCGUUACUAUGGAUACCAGGAUGGCAGGCCGUGCAUCAUCAUCAAGCUGAACCGGGUGAUCGGGAUGCUGCCAGGAAAGGAUGGACAGGCUCCGUUUGUCACCUGUGGCGCAAAGAGAUACAAAAUUGGCAAAGAUGAAUGGAGAGAAGACAGUGAAAAAAUUGGCGAGUUGCUGUACUUCCCUCCCAAUGGCACUUUCAACCUUAUGUACUACCCUUACUAUGGCAAGAAAGCUCAGGUGAACUACUCCCAGCCUUUGGUUGCCGUCAAGUUCCUCAACAUUACCACCAAUGAAGACGUCAACAUCGAGUGCAGGAUCAACGCCAACAACAUUCCCAUUGGAAGUGAAAGAGACAAGUUUGCCGGAAGAGUGUCUUUCAAGCUGAGGAUCAACACUAUCUAAUUAUCUAGGUUGACCUUUUUUUUUUUCCUCUCCUGAAAACUACUUCCUUCAUUUUCUGCAACACUGCACAUACACAGAAACAAAUCUCAGUAUUCACACCCUUUGUAGAAUUUGUUUACAACCCCUUCCUCCCCAAAAACAACUUUUGGGCGGGGAAAUUGUUUGUCCAGUUGUGUGAUGAGAUGGGGCGAGAAUAAAAGGGUGGUAAUCCUGUCAUUAUUUCUGUCUGUGAGCUUUGGGAUGACUUCUUUUCUGUAAAUUAGUUUGAGGUGACGUCUAUUUAUACUGCAUGACAAACUAGGGGAUGUAAAGAAUGUGAACAUGUGUUUUCAAAGUUUGCAAAGGAUCAGCAACAUUAACACUUUACUGCUGCUCCCCUCCUGCUGCCCCCUUAUAGAGUACCCCUCUAUAUACCAAUAUACACAAAUUACAAUACAAAAUGUGUAUAUCACACAGUAUUUAUACGGUAUCAUAACCUUAUAUUAGUACGUCUAUUUUGUUGCACUUAAAAGAAUAAUCCAACAGACUCGCGUAUAUCUCAACGGGUGGAUGCAGAGAUGAAGCCAUUUUGCAUGUGUGUACUGUCUUAAGUGUGCUACGAGGGCAGGAGGCCCCUACGUCUCACCACCUCUCUGCUAAGUGUGAACUAAGGUUACAAAAAAAACCACGAACCACCAGGAGGGGCCACACUGUAAUCUACUAAAACCUUACACACGGCAAGUGUGUGUUUCGCUAACAACAUUCUGUAAGAUACGCAUCUCCAACAUUUAAAAAAAAAAUGGAGUUACAGGAGAGGUUAAAACCUUUAAGAGUGCGUGUGUUUGUGCAUGUGUGUGUGUGUGUAUGUGUGUGUGCUCCGUUCACAGGUCUCAUUUCAUACCGUAGGUCGGGAAGUUGCAUGCAAUGUGCAAUAUUCAUUAAGUGGCAUACAUUAUGAAUGCUUGAGUCCAUUCUUCGGGUGAGAGGACUUCCAUUGAUAGAUAAUUACUUUGGAUCAUUUGAUAUUCACACCGGUUGUUUGAUCUCUAUGAAAGAGGAGUAUGUUCACGUGUGUGUGUGUGGCUGGGAGCGUUCAUAUCGACAUCGCUGUUGUCAAGUUAAUUACAAAAGGAGACAUCAGUGUUUCACAUGUCUUAAAGCAUCAUCGUAGUCUGACGAAAAACAACAAAUUCCGAUCCGACCACCUGAAUAUCAAAUGAAAUACACAUCAUUUUAUCCUCAUUUUGUUCCUAAAGCUAAACCAAGAGCCAUUUUAUUGCGUCUCUAUUUUGACUCUGAAUAUUUAGAAAGGUUGUUUUUUUUUGUGCGUGUAUUGCAUCUAUUUCAUAUGUAUCAGAAAUAGAUGCGAUUGUCAUAUUUUGUAUUGAUUUACACUGCAAGUGUGCUUUGAAUUAAUUAUUGUACAGUUUUGGAGGAUGUAGAAAGUCUGUGUUUUGUUCCCUUUUUCACCCAUUAUCAUCCUAUUAAAUAUCAUCCAGGGUAUCGAAAUGUAUAGUUUACAAAUGAUUUGAAUUAGAGUCUUGAAUAAUAAGUGAGUUGGUAGUUUUGUUUUAUAGUCCUGUAGGGAAACGGACAACACUGGAGAUUUCCUUGUUAUUUUCUUCCCCCCCACCGCUGUAUGAAUCAGUCUGAAGGCAUAAUGAUAACUAGACAACCAGUUCAAACAACCAACCUGUUGAAAAAGCAUAGAGUGAUCCUGAAUAUGGUGCUGUUUACUCAACGUGCAUUCCUUCAUUAUGCAGUAAAGGCAUUUGUAAGAGACACCUGUAAAUGUUGGCUGGCUAAAUCUGUGCCGUCAUGCUUUUGAAAUUCGGUCACUUAAUUUGGCUACAUAUCGCAGCAAUCCUGCAAAUGUGGAACGCAGGCAUCUGUUCACUCACAUUAAGGCCUGGCUCGACUCCACCACUCCUCUCAGAGCAAUGUGUUUCUCUCGGCACAGUGGUUGAAAUAGGAACUCAUUAUAUAAAAGAUCUGUAUCUGAAAAGGUUAUUUAUAAUGAAGGAUGUGCACCAACUGAGGCUCACUCCCCGCCCCACCCCCCUCCCCCCAGCUUUCUCUGUCUGUCCACUGAACAUUUCACAUGUAUUUCUCCUCUGGCAUUCCUGCUACACUUACUUAAUUUCACUGUAAUCUCUUAAUCUGGUUAGAUAAUCCAGAGCAGGCACGCUCAACUUCUUUACCCUACUUUGUUGCUCCUCCUCCUUAUGUCAAAGGACUCUUCAACAUUUUUUGGUUCAAUUCAAUCGCUAUUUUACCCCCAAUCAUUCUUAAAUCGAUCAAUCAAAAAAUGCUUCAUUGCCAAAUUGGACAUUGUGUUUUCACUCAUGUGCAUGUGAAGAUCAGCUCUUCAACCAAAGAACUUCAUGACAGUUAAAAUUUGAUUUAUUUGCAAUCACAUAUCCUCUGCAGUGGGAUUCAGGUGGAGGGGUUAACACCCUGUGUAAUAUAAUAAAGGCCUGCUCUUAUAUCAUCAUAAUAAUACGCACAAAAGGAACGUGUCUCACUACAACGUAACAGUGCCUCCUGGUGGACAGACACUGAUGUCCCCCAGUGUCACAGAAUGUUAUUUCCUGUUAUCUCCAUUUAUGUUUUUUUUCAUUUGGAGAUGUCCUCAAAAAGCAAUAUAUUUAGUCUCUCGUGUGGAUGUAUUUCUUAGAAAGGCUCAUCAAAAAGCAAAGAAGAAGAACAGGAUGUUGCAGUCAGGCAGUUUUGCCAGCAUGCAUAUGGUGAUGGAAUAUUACAAACAAAGUUGUUGUUUUAUUUAGAAAAAAAAGAGUAUUUUUAUUGCUAUUUUGUUGUAAAGAGGAGAGAAUGUAUAAACGUGGAUUGUAUCAUGACGUGGGAGCUAUACCUGACAGGUGUUUAGCAUUUAAUUCAACAAAAGGCGAAAUGAUAACAGCUUGGUUGGAGAAGGGAUUUGUUUUUUUAACAUAGGAACAUUUUGUGUCACAGUCCUUUCUAAAUUAAAUUGAGAUCAUAGAGCUUGCAACAUUUUCUGAACAUAAGGAAUGAAACGUUAAAGGGACAACAUCUGCCUUCAGAGAACUCUCAAGUGCAAACCCAGAAACCCUUCAGAACAAAACUGCAACCCGGUCCAACGCAAAGUGUCAGAGAGAAUAAACUACUUGUGAUUAAAUAUAACAAACCUCAUCCCCCUCCCUCCCCAAACCCCCUCGUCUUAAAUCGUACUUUUGCCUAAGACUGUGGUGUAAGUAUUUCAUGAAAUUUGUCGAGACACUCUCGCCCCAUAAAGGAUGAUAAUUAUAUUCCGGAUCUUUAUUUUCUGCUCUUACUGUAUGUACAUUUUUGCUCAUGUUUACUGCAAACCAAGAUAGAGAAAUAAAUAAAUGUCAUUUAAGGGAA